AUGGACGACGCAGUGAACGCAACGAUCAACGAGCCCCUUGACGUCGUCAAGCUCUCGCUCGGCGAGCGCGUGUUCAUCAAAUUGCGCGGCGACCGGACGCUGACGGGGACGCUGCAUGCGUACGACGCACACAUGAACCUUGUGCUCUCGGGGGUUGAGGAGAGCAUACACACGGUGGACAUUUCCGAGGACGGGCAGCCGGGGCAGCCUAGGGUCGAGCGCCGCACUUCGGAGAUGCUCUUUGUCCGCGGCGACGGCGUCAUCCUCCUCUCGCCCAUCCACCAGUAG